AUGGGGGCCCCCCGUUCUGGGCCGGGGGGCGUGCGAGUCGGGGCCCUGCUGCUGCUCGGCGUUUUGGGGCUGGUGUCUGGGCUCAGCCUGGAGCCUGUCUACUGGAAUUCGGCGAAUAAGAGAUUCCAGGCAGAGGGGGGUUACGUGCUCUACCCUCAGAUCGGGGACCGGCUUGACCUUCUCUGCCCCCGGGCCCGGCCUCCUGGCCCCCACUCCUCUCCUAAUUACGAGUUCUACAAGUUGUACCUGGUAGGGGGUGCCCAGGGCCGGCGCUGCGAGGCCCCCCCUGCCCCAAACCUGCUUCUCACUUGUGACCGGCCGGACCUGGAUCUCCGCUUCACCAUCAAGUUCCAGGAGUACAGCCCUAACCUCUGGGGCCACGAGUUCCGCUCACACCACGAUUACUACAUCAUUGCCACGUCGGAUGGGACCCGGGAAGGCCUGGAGAGCUUGCAGGGAGGUGUAUGCCUCACUCGGGGCAUGAAGGUGCUUCUCCGAGUAGGACAGAGCCCCCGAGGAGGGGCUGCCCCCAGAAAGCCUGUGUCUGAGAUGCCCAUGGAGAGAGACCGGGGGGCAGCUCACAGCCUGGAGCCCGGGAAGGAGAACAUGCCAGGUGACCCCACCAGCAAUGCAACCUCCCGGGGUGCUGAAGGCCCCCUGCCCCCUCCCAGCAUGCCCGCGGUGGCCGGGGCCGCGGGGGGGCUGGCGCUGCUGUUGCUGGGCGUGGCAGGGGCUGGGGGCGCCAUGUGUUGGCGGAGGACGCGGGCCAAGCCUUCGGAGAGUCGCCACCCUGGUCCCGGCUCCUUCGGGAGGGGAGGGUCUCUGGGCCUGGGGGGUGGCGCUGUGAUGGGACCUCGGGAGGCCGAGCCUGGGGAGCUAGGGAUAGCUCUACGGGGUGGAGGGGCUGCAGACGCCCCGUUCUGUCCCCACUAUGAGAAGGUGAGUGGUGACUACGGGCACCCUGUGUACAUCGUGCAGGAUGGGCCCCCCCAGAGCCCUCCAAACAUCUACUACAAGGUAUGAGGGCUUCUCCUCCCGGCUCUCCUGGAUCAGCCUUCUCGGGUGCUCCUCCGGUUUAAGUCACGGUUGGAGGGCCACCUCUGGCAUCUCCUCGACCCCUCUGCGCCCCCCCACCCCCCCACCCCCAGCUCCUGUGCUCCUGGCUGUUGUCGCCCUCUCCUCCACUGUUAGGAUUCCUUAAGACUCCUGCCCUCGGUUGGCCACGUGAGCCCCCUCUCCGUCUCUGUGCUCCUGGGUCCUCUUUCCUUGGGGAGGGGGCAGGGACCCAGCCUCCUCUCCUGACCGCGACCCGGCGAUCCCUGUGCCCCUCACACGCCGAGAGCCAGGGGCGGGAACAGUCUGUCUUUUGUUGGCACCCCUUCCUUUCUGCCUCUCACUGGUUUUCUCUUCUUGUCUCUUCUCUCUCUU